GUUGAAAUAUUUCAUGAUGGCCAAUUGGGCACUAUCUGUGAUGAUGCCUGGGAUGAUGAUGAUGCAUCCGUGGUUUGUCGCCAACUUGGGUUUGAUGGUGGUUAUGCUGAGUGGGGUGGUGCAUUCGGCCCUGGACUGGAUUGGCAACCCAUCUGGAUGAACAGGGUGGGAUGCAAAGGUGAUGAGUCAAGUAUUACUGCUUGCGGCCGUUGGGGAGGGCCCGACAGCUGGGGUAACCAUACCUGCUCUCACUGGGAAGAUGCAGGGGUUACUUGCUUCAACUGCCCUGGAUGCCCACAACAACACUCCCUGAGGCUAGCAGGCAACAAAACUAGAAGGGCGGCUUCAGGACAAUCAUGGAUAGAGGGCAGACUGGAGAUCUGGCAUAACCUGAAUUGGGGAACUGUAUGCUCUGAUUGGUUCCAUCGUAUAAAUGCUGAGGUGGCAUGUCGACUGAUGGGCUAUCAUACAGGAGAGCUGCUGCCACCAGAGCAGGCAGCAGCAUAUCUCGGGUCAGCCAUCCCGCCUAUCCAGCUUGACAAUUUGGACUGUCUGGGUAAUGAGACUUCAUUAGCUGACUGCAGUCAUAAUUCCUGGGGCUUCCAUGAUUGUAACCACAAACAAGAUGUGGCGCUAAGGUGC